AUGGAUACCGCCUCUGUCAACAAGGUUAGUCACUCAAACGUCUAACACUUCCGCCCUGUAUGCUAACGUUGGAGCAAACCCAGCAUGGCUCUUCCUCCGAGAAUCCUCCCUUGGUCUCCAUCAGCAGAGUGGAACUUAGAGAGUAUAUUAAGCAAAUCAUCCGAGAGGAGCUCAAAUCCAUUAUUACAAACAACAUGCCAGCAAUGUCCGGUACAACUUCCACUCAACAAAGUGGUUGCAACACACCCACUACAACAGUUCAUACUGAAAUCGCCACUGUCCAUAAACCAGAAACAUUCCUUGUUCUCGCUUUCUUUACUGCACGUCGUCAACUUCCUUACAAUGAAAAUCGUUAUGAAACAGGAAGCAAGGAAGUUAUCGAAGUGAAAACCGAUAUGACCAUCACUCAAGUUCGCGACGCUAUUCUGGCUCACUUUUCAAUUCCCUUCAACUAUCGUUUGGUUGAUUUCAGAGCUGUGUGGUUCAAGAAGUUUUCUAUUUAUGAAUAGAGACGCGAUGAGAGUGAUGUCACAGUUUUCGCUGAAUCAAAUGUUAAGAACGUCCUGAUGGGACUUAAGCAAGCACGUUUUGCGAAGGUGUUUGUGGAUGUGUUGGUAGACAAAAUUUGA